AUGAAUUUGGAAAAUUUAAACUCUUAAUAACGAUUCAGGCAGGAGCUUUUGGCUUCUUUGGAUAAGCAAGCCAAUUUCAAUAAUUAUAAUCAGCCAUCUACCAAUAUCUCACUAAAAAGCAAUAGAGGUGGUUAAUAAGAGGAAGAAAAAAAUAAGAAUGACUUAAAGAAAUAUCUCAAUUAUCAAGAGAACAAUCAAAAAACUUUGUCAGGGAAUAAGUCCAGCAGAACUCCCAGAUAAGACUACAAUGAUGACUAAUUUGAUCUCAAUGAUCUUGGUAAUGAUGAUAUACAUUUCAAUGAAGAGGAAGAAGGAGCAAUGAUGACAAAUAUGGUUACAUAAGCAAAAAGCAUGUCUUAUGCAAAUGAAGAAAAUACACCAUCAAGUAAAUAUAAUCCUUAAAAAGAGAAUAAUUAUGAUUCCAUUGAUGAUAUUGUUAGAGAAAUUUAGAACAAAAAAGCAUAUAUUUGGGUUUUUGGUAAAAACGUUGAUGGCGAGCUUGGAAUAGGUUCUUAAAAAGAUUAGUUUCUCCCUAGACCUAUUAUUAAUGUUAACUUAAAAGUGACUUAAACAGCCAAAUGGAUAUCGAGUGGCUCGCAUCAUUCUGCAAUUGUAUCAAAGUCAGGUGAGCUAUAUGUUUGUGGGUCUUAAUUGCAUGGAAAACUUGGAAUUUAAAGCAGCAAUGGAAUGCAUUUAUCUAGAUUCACCUAAGUAACAAUGUUUGAAGGUAUGAAAGUAAAGCAAGUCGCUUGCGGAGAUUAUCAUACUCUAUGCUUGAUGAAUGAUGGAUAAGUUUAUGCUUGGGGUGGAACUUUGCAUAAAAAAGUUGGAGAAAAGAAUAACUAGGCCUAAAAUAAUGAGCCUCGAACUGUACAAGGUCUUUAAGGAAAGAAUAUAGUCUUCAUUGAUUGUGGUGAUUUUCAUUCUGUAGCUUUAGAUCAAUAAGGAAGAGUUUACUCUUGGGGUGGUGGAGGUGCAGCUUACAAUAAGGGAUAAUGUGGACAUGGAAAUUUGGAAGAUUGCGAAUCACCUCAACAAGUUCAAGGAAUUAGUCAUAGGAAAGUAGCAUAAAUCUCUGCAGGAGGCUAUCAUACAUUAGCAUUGUGCGAAGAAGAUAAUGAACUUUAUGCAUGGGGAAGCGGCACUUAUGGUGAGUGUGGUCUAGGAGAAUUUCAGGCAAGCUGUAAACCUAAGCUUGUGAAAAUGCCAAGAGAAUACAUCAGUAAUAAUGAAAUGAAUUAAUUCUAAAAUGAAUUUGGGUUUUAAUAAAGCAAACCUCAAAUAGUAUCGAUAUCUGCAGGUGGUCAUCACUCGCUACUUCUGACGGCAAGAGGGAGAGUUUAUUCAUUUGGGUACGGCUCUCAUGGACAAUUAGGACUUAGAAAUACAAAAAACUACUCUUCCCCACAGUUAGUAAAAGAUCUUCUAAGCAAGAAAAUAAGAUCAAUUGCAGCUGGAUGGAAUCAUUCAUUAGUUUUAAGUGAUAGAGGAGAUUUAUUUGCAUCCGGUUAUGGAAAUCAUGGAUAAUUAGGAAUGAAUGAUAAAGAAUCAAGAACUUAGUUUACUCACAUUGCUAAUCUUGGUGCAAGAAACGUUUAUAAAGUUUUUGCAGGAGGCAAUCAUUCUUGGGUCCUAAUAGAUGAUGUAAUGCCAGUAAGAGACAAUUAUAGGCCUCCAUCUCCUGUAGGUCAUGAAUCUGUCUCACCAAUGACAAUGUCACCAAGAGCAAAUACGACUGAUUAAAAAUAAUCAAGAUCUUUAAGCAAUAAUAUGAGGUAGUAGCAGUAAAAUUCUAUUGCUACACAAAAAAGAAAGUUUCAAAUAAAUUUACAUGUUACUUAUACCAAUACUACUAUGUGCCAUAGAUUCGUUACAUUUGAAUUAUAAAAAGGUAAUUUUAAUGAGGAACAAAGAGCAAAGGAAGCUAUAGAUGAAUAUAUAAGAAAUCUCUACAGAGAUGAGUAAGGAGCUUUAGUUUACCAUUAAAUGCAGGAGGGGUUAGAUGAUGCUAAAACAACUCCGUUCUAAGAGUAGGAGAAUUCACCAGAUGAAAAAUUUUUUACUAUUUGCUUGAUAUUUUGCUAAGACAGAUCUGAGUAAUUAAAGCCUUAUGUACAGAGAAUAUAAAAUUAAUAAUCUGACUAUAGAGUAGAAUAGUCUAAGCACUGGGUAGAUUAGCCAUCAAAGAUGGUAUUAUUUGAGGAAUCAGAUAUAUAAGCUAAUCAAAUGGAGUAUUUGCUUGCUCAUUGGGUCUAUGAAUUUAACAGUAAAGUAGGAGAGAAGUAUUGUAUUAGAAAACCCAGGUUUAGUGAAAUGAGACCAUCUUAUCUUAAAAACUUUUGA